GUCCGAGCCUGAAUGCUUUAGAGACAGCUCCAAAAAGCAGUCUUGUACUUUUACUCUGCUUGAAAGUUUUGCACAUGCUUUGUUGAAUGGCGGAGGAAGGUUUAAACGAGCCAAGAGGAACAAUUCGAGGGCAUUUGACUUCGACCCUGCUAGCAGCAGCAUUGCUUUCGUCUUUUGGCAGCUCCAUGCUCUAUGGCUAUAACCUAGCUGUAGUCAAUUCUCCUGCUCAGUACAUAAAGGACUUUUAUAACCGCACUGCAGUGAGGCGUAAUGGGAGCGGCCUGAGCAACGACAGCAUCACAGUGCUUUACUCCAUUACCGUGUCCAUUUUCGCCAUUGGUGGAUUGGUAGGCUCCUUCACAGUAGGAAUGCUAGUCACCAAAUUCGGAAGAAGAGGGACACUGGUAAAAAGUACAGUACUAGUGUUUGUAGCUGGUGGACUCAUGGGCUUAAGCAGGCAUCUUGGCGUUCCUGAGAUGAUCAUCAUCGGUCGCUUCAUCACAGGAAUACAUUCCGGGAUUUCUCUUAGUGUAGUGCCCAUGUUUCUGGGAGAAAUUGCUCCAAAGAACCUCCGCGGUUUCCUGGGCCUUGUCCCCAGCAUAUUCAUCUGUAUUGGAGUUUUCAUUGCUCAAGUUCUGGGACUUCAUGAAGUUCUGGGAAAGGAAGAGCACUGGCCUCUUUUCCUCUCUCUAGUUGUGGUCCCAACAUUUGUCCAGUUAAUGCUAUUACCGUGGUUUCCCGAGAGUCCUCGUUACUUACUGAUUGAGAAACACAACAUUCAUGCAACUCUCAAUGCUCUGAGGUGGUAUAGAGCAAAAACUAAUAUCCAGGCAGAGUUGGAGGAGAUGCAGAAGGAGCAGCACUCACUCUCUUCAGUGAGGACCGUCUCGGUGUACGAGCUGCUAAGAGACAGAUCCGUUCGCUGGCAGGUCAUAUCAGUCAUGGUCAUCAACGUGGGAAUGCAGCUGUCUGGCAUUGAUGCGAUUUGGUUUUAUACAAACUCCAUCUUCGAGAAUGCGGGAAUCUCUGUCUCAAAGGUUCAGUACACAACAGUGGGCACAGGUGCCAUUGAGGUUAUUGCUGGACUUAUCGGGUGUUUUACUAUCGAGCGAGUAGGUCGCAGGCCUCUGUUAAUUGGUGGAUUCAGCUUUAUGGGCAUGUGCUGUGCAGGCAUCACAAUUUCUCUUGUUCUUCAGGCUCACAUACCCUUUAUGCACUAUGUCAGUGUGAUCUGUGUGGUGGGCAUCAUUGCAGGAUUCUGUAUUGGGCCUGCUGGAGUACCCUUCCUCAUGACAGGUGAGCUGUUUAAGCAGUCACACCGACCCGCAGCUUACAUUGUUGGGGGAGCGCUCAACUGGUUAUCUAACUUCACUGUCGGAUUUGUCUUCCCGUUCCUGCAGAUGUCAGCGGGAGCUUUCAGUUACCUGGUGUUCUUCGGCAUUUGUGUGGGUGUGGCAGCCUAUGUCUACUUUGUCAUCCCUGAGACAAUGAACAAGACGUUUGUGGAAAUCAGCCAGAUGUUCACUACUAGGAACAACUGUGCGCUUGAGAGUGAACAGCUGCCCAUCACUGACAAUCUUGGCCUCAGGUUGAAGAACAGAUACGGAGGAAUGGGGAAAAAGGAGAAAGAGGAAAUGUACACGUGGAGUGAUGACGACUGGAUGGGCUGAUAUGAAAAACAGAGUUUUGUUAUAUUUUCCUAAUGUGACUUUUGGUGCUGAACAAUCCACACAUUCUCAAGUUAUCUGUGAAAAUAAAGUGAACUACUGUAAACAGAUCCUGUCAGACCCAUCAUGCAACAAUAUACCAUAUAUUUCUCAACAACCCCCCAAAAGGCAUCUGAAAUAGUUUUACCUGUAUAGAUGAGACAAUACAAUGAUUAUCUGAUCCCUCUUAAUGUCAGUUCACUGAAAUAUAAGGUUUCCUGAUCAAACAAAAUAAAUAAGGAAAUGCUCAGUUUCUGUUUAAACCAGGCAUGUUGAAUAAUAUCUACAAAUAAACAUAGUUUCUGGAACAUUUUCACAAAU